AUGGCUGAAGAAGGCAUCAAUGAUUGGAAAAAUGCCAGUCAUUUACUCAGCACACAUGAAAGUAGCAUAGAACACACUAAAAACAUGACAACAUGGAAGGAACUGGAGGUCAACAUUGCAAGAGGAAGGACGAUAGACCAACGGGAAAUGGAAAGUUUAAUGGUUGAGUGGAACAGGUGGCGCCAAGUCCUCACUAGACUAGUGGAGAUUAUUCAGUCUCUAGCUGAAAGAAAUUUGGCUCUAAGAGGGUCAACCGAAAAACUUAACUGUCCAUCCAAUGGUAAUUUUUUCCAAGAAGUGGAACUUUUGGCUAAAUUUGAUCCAGUUAUGAAGAAUCAUUUAAUUAGGGUUGAAAGUAAUGCAGGCAAUCACAGUCACACUCACUACCUUGGCCAAAUGAUCCAAAAUGAACUGAUAAACGUUAUCAGUGCAAAGAUUACUGAGAGAUUCGUGGACGAUAUUAAAGCAUCGAAAUACUUCUCUAUUAUUUUAGACUGCACCCCUGAUUUGAGUCACAAAGAGCAACUUUCUGUCAUAAUCAGGAUAGUGGCACUUGAAGACAAGCCAACAAUAAAGGAGCAUUUCUUGGGGUUCCUUUAG